AUUUCACUGAAUUAAAAUAUUUUGAAAAUUAUGAAACCCUCAAUAGACGUGGACUCUUUAAGAUCAGAUCACGAGUCGGACGAGCAGUGGGAAGUGCGGCGUAACUUCAUGAUGGAGCAUAAAGACAACUUUGAUGAGGAAGAGCUGGUGACGCUUGCUCAGUUGUUUACAAACAUCGAGUUUUUGGGAUGCAGGUACCCACCACAGACUAUGAAGAGAAUCUCAAAGCUUGCAGAAAAGGUCGCAGCGAAGUACCGAGACAGUCGCAAAAACAAACUCAAGCGUACGUUUGUGGAAGCCAGCGACGCAGCCGAACAGAAGGCUAAGAGGACUUUUAAUAAUAAAUAGCUGUAAUAGGGAUGAUGACUGGGUAGUAAAAUCGUAUUUCUAUUUAGUCCGUCAGACAGAUAAUAA